AUGAGAAACGGGAUUUCUUUUUUACGGAUGCGGAUCUGCGUUGUAAAAGAUCCGUUCGCUCACAUUCGCUAGCGAAGCUUUCGUGAGUCGCGAAGCACUAGUCUCUUGGCGAAAUGUUGCUGCGUCAUAGAACAAUCGUCCUCGUCGCGAUCUGCUGUAGUUUGGGAGUUGCGUCAGCUGUUUCACAAGUGGGUUCACGUUUAGCAUCAUCCAUGGCUCAGGCUCUACAGACUCAUGGAGUUGUACCAGAUGUGGUGGAUAAAGUGCCUACGGAUGUGCUGAAUGUCAGCUAUCCUAAUAAUCUCACUGUUGAAAUCGGCAAGGUUCUCACUCCGACUCAGGUCAAGGAUCAACCUACUGUUCAGUGGAGCGGAGAUGCAAACACAUUUUAUACCUUGUGCAUGACUGAUCCUGAUGCUCCGAGCAGACAAGAUCCCAAAUUUCGCGAAUGGCAUCACUGGUUGGUAGGCAAUAUCCCUGGAUCAGAUGUCUCCAAGGGAGAAGUCCUAUCCCAGUAUGUUGGUUCCGGACCUCCAAAACAUACAGGCCUUCAUCGAUACGUAUUUCUGUUGUAUAAACAACCUGGCAAGCUCACUUUCAACGAGAAGCGUUUGACUAAUCGAAGCGGUGAUAAUCGUGGCAAGUUUUCCAUUAAAAACUUCGCUGCUAAAUACAAACUGGGUGAUCCGAUCGCUGGAAACAUGUAUCAGGCAGAAUGGGACGAUUAUGUCCCAAUUCUAUAUCAGCAACUCGAGGGUUAAAGCUAUACAGUGCAUACAAUAAUAUUCACAAUGAAACAUAUGUAUACAUAAUAUUGUAUAUCAAACUAUUUCUCUAAUAAAUGCUUAUUGAGUAUUCUUUAUA